GGGUCUCCUAAUCCGGUAAGCAGUUUUUAAGGGCAGUAUUAACAUACUUAGCGCUCCUUGUUUUAGGUUUUUUUAUUAAUUAAUUAAUGUUAAUACUAUAAUUAAAUUUUAAUUAAUUACUCCAUAGUUGGCUUUAUUAUUGAGAUCAUAGGGAUUUAUAAUAUCAUUAUAUUGUUAGUUAUAGUAUAUUGGCAUUAAUAAAGUGUCUAUAGUGUAAUUGAAGCUUUCUAUUUUAAAAGCAUUUCUAUUUUAAAUACUAAUCCGUACAAGACUACAAGACGUCUUAUAAUAUAACUAAAUGAAUUAAAAAUUAAAACGACUAUCGAAACAAAAUUUCCAAUAUAUUUUGAAAGAGAUAGGAAAAGAAAAAAAGAAAAAAAAAAAAAAAAAAGUCCAUCAAAUAUAGCUUCUUCUCUAAUUAGUUUGUCCUUGCUCAUUAUCAAAAGCUGCUCAUCAACUCUUAUAACAAAAUGGGGAGAGGAAAAAUUGUGAUAAAAAGGAUUGACAAUGCAACAAGUAGACAAGUAACCUUCUCAAAACGAAGAAGUGGAUUGCUUAAGAAAGCUCGAGAAUUAUCAGUCUUGUGCGAUGCAGAAGUUGGAGCAAUUAUCUUUUCUAGCACCGGAAAACUCUAUGACUUUGCAAGCACCAACAUGAAAAUGGUGAUUGAAAGAUACAACAAAAUGAAGGAAGAGAACAACCACCAGCUGUCAUCUGCUGCUUCUGAACUUAAGUUUUGGCAAAGGGAGGCAGCAAACUUGAGGCAACAGCUGCAAUAUUUACAAGAAAGUCACAGGAAACUUAUGGGGCAAGAACUUUCAGGUUUAAGCAUCAAAGACAUGCAGAACUUGGAAACUCAAUUGGAAACAAGCUUGAAAAGUGUGAGAAUGAAAAAGGACCAACUCCUAUCUGAAGAGAUCAGAGAACUUAACCAAAGGGGAGCUAUAAUUCAUCAAGACAAUAUUGAGCUUUAUAAGCAAUUAAAUCUCGUGAAACAGCAAAAUUCAGAGCUACAAAAGCAGGUGUGCACAACAGAGGAAACGAAUCAGAUACAGCAACACCCACACAUGUCAUAUAAUGUCAAUAAUGAUUCUCACAUGAACACGGCAAUCAAUCUCCAGCUAAGCAACCAGAGCAGCACAACGAUGAAACAUCAACAAAAAAAAAUGAAAUUAUGCUUGCAACUACAUUAACAAAGCUGGUACUGUGUCCAGUGCCACACCAAAUGCUUAGCCAAGCAUUAAAACAAACCAUUCUACUUGAAUGGGAAGAUGCAUGUGCUCAUAGAGAAAGAAGCAUUCAGCAACAACUGCAGAUUUGGUAUGAUUUGGUACAUAGCGGUAAUUUAGUAUAGCAGACCAAUGACCAACAAUAGCUUUCCAUAAUAAAAAAACGAUAGAUGUGCUUGUUAAAUAUAUAUUUAUUUUUUUUGUAAGGUAUGUAAUUGUUCUUAUGAUGGUGUGUUUCACGAAUUCAAAUGCUAGUAGCUGUAGACCCUUUUCUUGUGAAAUAAAGAUCAUGAAUCAUUGGCCUGAUCAAUUGAAAAAUUACACUUCAGCCUGUAAAAUACAAUUUGAUAGAAGAUUUGCAAUUUGUAAAGCCAUAACUCCCUGUUGCUGGAUUACAAGUAGAGACCUUAGUGUCAAAAGGAUUCCAUGACGUCGAAGAAGGAAAGAUGCAAGCUACAAUAAAAAACUACUUCUAACUGCAGCAAAGGCAGUGUACUUUUUUGCAAAAAAUCUAAAUUAGAUAACGUAAAACAAAAAAUGUAUAUACUUUUGCAAUGAGAUCAUUGGCAAAUGAUAUAAAAUGACUUGGCAUGGUUCUCUAUUGUUUAAUAAAGAAGUUUCAUACUAGGAAAGUGCAACAAGAAUCAUAGCAGCUGGAGUUGUUAAAAAGGAAACUAAUGAGCCAAAGAGCAGAGAAGAUUAAACUGUAUCAAUGAUACUGCACCUACAGAUAACAUGUAAUGGUUGUCAUGAAAAAAGCUACAGAAAUAAAGGAAAAAUAUGGGAAAUAAACUGCCAUUCCAGCAGCAGCUAAGUUUAUUUAAAACCCAACCAAGCUUCUUUUCAUUUAAGAAAGAGCACUAAGCCAUCAUUCACUUGUAUCAAUUAAGACUCCUAGAUGUUGUUCCUCAGUUCAAUUUUUUUUGUUAUUAAAUGUAAUGCAUUGGACUCAUGGAUUAGAAACUAUGGACCAUAUGAGAGCCAGUAAAACUGUAAAAGCACUAAGGGAAGACAUAAAUUUUACUUGAUUCCAGUAUUGUCAGGUAACCUUGGCUUGCUAAUUAUUUUAUAAUGGACCAAUUCAGGAAGGUUUGACAAGCAGGAGAAAAUACUGCUAUGGAAUUGUGUUGUGAGUAAUAAUUUAAUGUGUAUGAGCUGCACUAUCCUGGGAUCACUUAAGGGUGAGCCUAAAAAUUCCUUGCACCAAGAAGAGCCAUUUUGCUUUACCUAUGGCUUAACCACAUGGUUGUCUCUGGAACAUCACACUGAAUCUGCUGAAAAUCCCAUAGUUCCAUAACAGGAAAGAUGUCAAACAUCUAAUUCAGGAUAUGUCAAUGCCUACAAAGCACAUUCUUGGGAAAUAUGAUGUAUGCAAACAAAGAUCAUAUUGCUAGUGGAAACGUGAGAUAUUGGAAAUAUGAUGUAUGCAACAGUACUUCCAAGGUAUAAAGCUACCUAAUAGCCAAAACAGGCAGAUGGCCAUGCUCCCUCGAUGGUUUUAAGAUAUUGUUGUCGUCAUUGACAUAAUGAACAAAUGCAACACAGACAUAUAUACAAUAGCUCUAAGAACAAAAUUGUUUGUAUACUACAGCUCCUUACAGAAAGUAUAAUUUGAUAUAUGAGCACUUUGAAUAACCCAACUUUCUUUAUCACCCCACACCAAUACAUCUCAUUAUGCUAACCCAAAUUUUCCUCUUAGGAAGAAAGUAAACUAAGGCCAAAUCGGGUUUUAAAGAUGAAUCACCGGUCCAUCAUAUCAAAUACUAUGCUAAAACAAAACCCCUAAACUUAUAUUUACCCUAAAACUGAUGACCUUGAAUACUUGCAAGCUUCCGAAAAAGGAAUUUCCAAAUAUUUUGUAGCUUUAUCAUCGUACCCUUGGUAAAACCAUAUUUGACCUGGAUGACAUUCUUCCACAACAACCUCUUUCAUUUACAAAUGUUUAAAGCUGCUACACCUAUCACUAUGCUUGGGUAAAAAGGUUACAUAAGAGAAAAAUGUGGGUGACAAAAUGAGUUACUUAUUUUAUUUUUAUUUGGAUACAACAUAGAAUAAGAGAGGGGAAUGGAAUUGGAGAGAUUCAUUUCCUUUUCCCUUUAAGAAGCACAAUCCCUUCACUAUUGGAAAAAGUUUGAAGGAAAAUGAUAGCCCACUUCACCAAACCCCCCCCCCC